AUGAAGCCAUAUCCACAACAGCAGCAACAGCAGCAGCAAUCACCACAGCAACAGAACUUUAAUGAACCACCUCCUCCAUACUAUCAUAAUCCACCUGGAUAUGCUGAUAACAAACAGGUUAAACCACUACCACCAACUCCAAUGGGACCACCUGGCCAACACUCGAAUGGUGUACCAAAUAUGAAUGGCCUUCCAAGUGGACUAGCGUUCAGCUUGAAGGAGGUGAAACUAUGUAACAAUACCAAGGACAGAGAGACAUACGACAAUCUGGCAGAGCUCUAUUCGAUUAUCAAAGUGACAGAACACUUGGAGAAGGCAUACAUUAGGGACAGUGUGCUGCCCAAGGACUACACCACCGCCUGCUCCAAAUUGAUCGCUCAGUUCAAGUCCUCACAGACACUCGUCAAGGACUCUGUACCAAACGUCACUACAUUCAUGAGAGAUUACAACCUAGACUGCAAGGCUGCAUACGAUAGAUUGGUGAACAAAGGUUACCCAUCAACAUUGGAGCAUAAUGUUACAACAGACUCUAACGACUCUAUGAUGGCCAAGAAUGUGGCAGAGACAGUACAACACUUUAUCACAACAAUGGAUUCGGUUCGAUUGAAGUUUGUAGCAGUAGACAACAUACAUCCAUUGCUGAGCGACCUGCUUGAGAGUUUGAACAGGAACACUUGGUUGUCAAACUUUGAGGGCAAGGAGAAGAUCAUGAACUGGAUGGCCACACUGAACAAGAUGAAGGCCAGCGAAGAGUUGGACGAGGAUCAAACGCGACAAUUGCUCUUUGAUCUCGACAGCUCCUACAAUGCAUUCUAUAAAGCAAUCAAGAGCUAG